AUGGCAGAUUCCCCCGCCGUCUUUGCCCCGGUUGACCCGGAAGAAGAGCCCAUACUCGAGCGCCUCAUCGCCAUACGGGAUGGCCUAGUGCUUAUCAAACAAGACAAAUCUACCUAUGUUAAAUCUCAUGAUGUUAUUCCCUUCUAUGAUCAGGCUAUCGAGCAGGUACAGCUGUUGAAUGAGCUUCGAUCAGGCCGCAGAGUAGCUCAGAACAGAGAACAACGAGGCACCGGCAGUCGGCUAUUGGACCACCUUAAAGAGGCAUCUUUUUUCAGCCAAAAGGACCUCGAUUCGAUAAGCGGUACACUCGACAGUGUGGAAAGCAAUAUUAGCCGCGGCCAGAAUACAUAUUCACCUCAUCUGCUCAAACUCCUGGAAACUAGGCUAGAGAGCUGCCGCUCUCAAUUAGCAGAACUACAGCAUGAGCUUUCCUUGCUUUCCCCAGAGCUCACUCCGACACACGAAACCCUAGUGUCCAUAUUACGAUCUACUUCUGCAGCAAACACAAGGUCAAAGUUUUCCGCCUCUGAGGUGCUUGGUUUCAAAGACCAGCUAAAUGGGAUCAAGUCUAAAAUGGUAGACGGAAAUUUUGUUGCCGCAGAUGGAUCUGUUCCCGCCGGUCAGGAGAUAGUGAAGAGCCUGCUAGAAAAAUGCUUUAGAUGGUCCGAUAUCGUACUUGAACGACAAGGACGGAUCAACGAAGCUUUCUUGGAUUACUAUAAUCAACUGAUUGACAUUAGAAACCAGCUUGACCGUUUGUCCAUGACACACGCAUGGUCGUUACGCGAAUCUGAUCUUUACAUGUAUCAAAGGAAACUGAACAAAAUCGAUGAAUGUCGAGUGGACGGUAAUUUUUUGGAUGUAUCAGGGAAGCCAGCCGACCUACAUGCGCAAAGGACCCUUCUUUAUCUCAUUCGACGGAGCUAUGCGUUGAUUUAUGGCCUCCUUGUCUCUUCCGAGCCAGUAUCGGAAGCACUAUUGCCAAUUUAUAAUCAACUACAGACAUUGAGGAAAUGUUUAAUAGAGGUUAAGGAGUCGGGUGGUGUAUCAAGCGCCAGGGAACUCUACCCAUAUAGCAUGAAACUUAACUCCAUUGACAACAUGCGAGUUGAAGGAAAAUUCUACAUUGGUUCUGACCUCCCCGAGGGCCAAGGGGGCAUCAAUGAGCUUCUUGCGGAAUGUUAUGACCUCUGUUACGACUUGCGGGCGGAUGCAGAGGACGCAUCCUCGCCACAGCCAUGA